CCAGAUCUACGACGACAUGCGAUGACAACCAAUCACAUAGCUACGACGGCAUGCGACGGCGACGAAGGCGACACCGCCCAGAUCUGGGACGGCGGCGGCGGCGACACCCCUCAGAUUUGUGGCGGCAGGCGACGGCGACGACAGCAACACCCCCAGAUUUGCGGCGGCAUACGACGGCGGCUUGCCUCGUCUCUCUUCACGGCACUGGGAGCGAUCGUCGACGGUGGGGAGCUUUCCUCCUUUUUGAUCGUGUCGCCGCCGCCGACAUGUAGGCGAUGCAACCGCCGUUGUCGGCUGCCGCUACCCCCGCCGGCUUCCGUUGCGAGUUGCCGUUGCCGUAGGAGAGACUAGAGAGAGAAAGAGAAAGAGGUGAGGAGUUCGAAGAUGGAGGAGAGACUAGUGAGAGAGAAGGGGUAAGGGAUUAAUUGACGGAGGAGAGAGUAGAAAGAGAUUGGGGUGAGAGAUUAAACUGGGGCUCGUUUG